CAGACCGACGUGAAGGGUUGGAAAGAGCCUGUAGCCAAAAGAAAAUUAGAAAAAUAAAGGAGGUUUAGUUCAAAGGAUCAAAUUUCGCACGACACAGGCGAAACUCAGAGAGACCGAGACAGAAAAAGGAGUGCGACGCUGUAGAUCUCAGCUCUGUGUCUACAAGUAGAUGUCUUGAACAAGAUUCAUAACAAGGCCGAGCUUUGCGAAUUUUAGGUUUCUUGGGCGCCUAUAGAAUGACCUCCACAUCCCAGUCCAUUCGCUAUCUGGGGUCUGCCUCUGCUGGCCCUGGUAGCGGCAGCUUUGAUGCUGUCAGUCGCAUUAUUGCUGACCUCUGCACCCGUGGCAACCCCAAGGAAGGGACAACAUUAGCCUUAAGAAAACAUUUGGAGGAAGAAGCCCGUGAUCUCAGUGGAGAAGCAUUUUCUCGCUUUAUGGAUCAGUUAUAUGAACGAAUUUCCAGUCUUCUGGAGAGUAACGAAGUUGCUGAAAAUUUGGGAGCAUUAAGAGCUAUUGAUGAGUUGAUAGAUGUGGCUCUUGGGGAAAAUGCCUCCAAGGUCUCUAAGUUUUCUAUUUAUAUCCGGAAUGUGUUUGAGGUAAAGCGGGAUCGGGAUGUAUUGACACUUGGUAGUAGAGUUCUUGGGCACUUGGCCAGGGCUGGUGGGGCUAUGACUGCAGAUGAAGUGGAAUUUCAGGUAAAAAUGGCACUAGAUUGGCUUCGCAAUGACAGAUUAGAAUACCGUCUUUUUGCUGCUGUUUCUAUCUUAAAAGAAAUGGCAGAAAAUGCUUCCACAGUAUUCAAUGUUCAUGUCCCUGAAUUCGUCGACGCUAUUUGGGUUGCACUAAGGCAUCCAACACUAGAGGUUAGAGAGCGGGCAGUGGAGGCAUUGCGUGCUUGCCUUCGAGUUAUUGAAAAGCGUGAGACACGUUGGCGUGUGCAGUGGUACUACCGUAUGUUUGAGGCUACACAAGAUGGCUUGGGUAAAAAUGCUCCUGUUCACAGUAUACAUGGUUCCUUACUUGCAGUUGGAGAGCUUUUGAGGAAUACGGGUGAGUUUAUGAUGUCCAGGUACAGAGAAGUAGCUGAAAUAGUUCUCAGAUACCUAGAGCACCGUGAUCGGCUUGUUCGUCUUAGCAUAACCUCGUUGCUGCCUCGCAUUGCUCAUUUCUUGCGGGAUCGAUUUGUUACAAACUAUCUAACGAUAUGCAUGAAUCAUAUUCUUGCGGUGCUGCGGCUGCCAGCUGAACGUGGCAGUGGAUUCAUUGCGCUAGGGGAAAUGGCUGGUGCUUUGGAUGGGGAACUCGCCAACUAUUUGCCAACAAUCAUGCCUCACAUACGUGAUGCUAUUGCUCCACGUAGAGAUAGACCUUCACUGGAGGCUUUGGCCUGUGUUGGAAACAUCGCAAAAGCCAUGGGUACUGUUAUGGAACCAUAUGUACGUAACCUUUUGGAAGUUAUGUUCUCUGCUGGUCUUUCCUCCACGCUGGUUGAAGCCCUUGAGCAAAUAACUAUAAGUAUUCCAUCGUUGUUGCCAACUAUUCAAGAACGGUUGCUUGAAUCCAUUUCUUCAGUCCUUUCAAAGUCACAUUAUUACCAAGCAAGGCCAGCUGCUCCAGUGGCUCGAGGUAGUGCUGUGAAUGCACCCCAGAAAGUUUCUGACAUUAGCGGUUCAGCUCUAGUGCAGCUUGCUUUGCAGACUCUAGCUCGUUUUAAUUUCAAGGGUCAUGAUCUUCUUGAGUUUGCGAGAGAAUCAGUAGUAGUAUAUUUGGAUGAUGAGGAUGGAGGCACACGAAAAGAUGCUGCACUUUGUUGUUGCAAGUUAAUUGCAAAUUCUUUUUCUGGCAUCACAUCGACACAGUUUGGUGCUAGUAGGUCGAACCGAUCUGGUGGAAAACAACGGCGUCUUGUUGAGGAGCUUGUGGAAAAGCUUCUCAUUGCUGCUGUAGCAGACGCUGAUGUGACUGUUCGCCAUUCUAUUUUUUCGUCUCUUCAUGGAAAUCGAGGUUUUGAUGAUUUUCUGGCGCAGGCUGACAGCCUUAGUGCAGUUUUUGCUGCUUUAAAUGAUGAGGAUUUUGAUGUUAGAGAGUAUGCGAUCUCUGUAGUGGGGAGAUUAUCAGAGAAAAAUCCUGCAUAUGUUCUUCCAGCACUUCGUCGUCAUCUGAUACAGUUGUUGACCUAUCUGGAUCAAAGCAGUGCGGAUAACAAAUGCAAGGAAGAAAGUGCAAAGUUACUGGGUUGUUUAAUACGCAAUUGUGAACGACUGAUAGUUCCAUACAUUGCCCCAGUUCACAAGGCACUUGUGGCAAGACUUAUUGAGGGCACUGGAGUAAAUGCAAAUAAUGGCAUCAUCAGUGGAGUUCUUGUAACUGUUGGAGAUCUUGCUAGAGUGGGUGGUUUUGCUAUGAGGCAAUACAUUCCAGAACUUAUGCCUUUGAUUGUUGAAGCUUUACUGGACGGAGCAGCAGCUACAAAACGUGAGGUUGCUGUAGCAACUCUUGGUCAAGUUGUUCAGAGUACUGGGUAUGUCAUAACUCCUUACAAUGAGUAUCCACAGUUACUUGGCUUACUUCUUAAAUUGUUGAAUGGUGAGCUAAUGUGGUCCACUAGACGCGAAGUGCUAAAGGUUCUUGGUAUCAUGGGAGCUUUGGAUCCCCAUGCACAUAAGCGAAACCAACAAAACUUGCCUGGAUCACAUGGAGAGGUUGUUCGUGCAGCUAGUGAUUCUGGCCAGCACAUUCCGUCAGUGGAUGAGCUACCGUUGGACCUAUGGCCAUCUUUUGCUACAUCGGAAGAUUAUUAUUCCACGGUUGCUAUCAAUUCUCUCAUGCGAAUUCUUAGAGAUCCUUCACUUGCUAGUUACCACCAAAAGGUGGUAGGAUCCCUUAUGUUUAUAUUUAAGUCAAUGGGCCUUGGUUGUGUUCCAUAUUUACCAAAGGUUUUGCCCGAUCUUUUUCACACGGUCCGCACAUGUGAUGAUCAUCUUAGGGAUUUUAUAACAUGGAAGUUGGGAACUCUGGUGUCCAUAGUGCGCCAGCAUAUUCGAAAAUAUCUUCCGGAAUUGCUUUCUCUAGUGUCUGAAUUAUGGUCAUCCUUUAGUUUGCCUGCUAGUAAUCGUCCUGGUCGUGGAUUUCCAGUUCUGCAUCUUGUGGAGCAGCUUUGUUUAGCUCUCAAUGAUGAGUUUAGAACACAUCUUCCAGUUAUUCUUCCAUGUUGUAUUCAGGUUUUAAGUGAUGCUGAACGGUGUAAUGAUUACACCUACGUUCUGGACAUACUACAUACACUUGAAGUUUUUGGUGGGACAUUGGAUGAGCAUAUGCAUCUACUUCUUCCUGCACUCAUUCGAUUGUUUAAAGUGGAUGCUUCUGUGGAUAUAAGACGUGCUGCUAUCAAAACAUUGACAAGAUUGAUACCUCGUGUGCAGGUUACUGGUCAUAUUUCUGCUCUUGUGCAUCACCUGAAGCUGGUUUUGGAUGGGAAGAAUGAUGAGAUAAGGAAAGAUGCUGUUGAUGCACUUUGUUGUUUAGCACAUGCUCUUGGGGAGGAUUUCACCAUUUUCAUCCCAUCAAUUCACAAACUUCUGUUGAAGCAUCGAUUACGGCAUAAAGAAUUUGAAGAAAUUGAAGGACGCUUGCGAAAACGUGAACCUCUAAUCCUGGGGAGCACAGCUGCUCAAAGGUUGAGCCGAAGAAUCCCAGUGGAGGUUAUCAGUGACCCAUUAAAUGAUAUGGACAAUGACCCUUAUGAGGAUGGGACUGACUUGCAAAGACAACUUCGAGGUCAUCAGGUAAAUGAUGGUCGAUUACGGACUGCUGGAGAAGCUUCUCAGCGCAGUACCAAAGAAGAUUGGGCAGAGUGGAUGAGGCAUUUCAGUAUCGAACUUCUUAAGGAGUCUCCUUCUCCAGCAUUACGAACCUGUGCCAGACUUGCACAGUUACAGCCUUUUGUUGGGCGGGAGUUGUUUGCUGCUGGUUUUGUUAGCUGUUGGGCACAACUGAAUGAUGGUAGUCAGAAACAACUAGUUCGGAGUUUGGAGAUGGCAUUUUCAUCUCCAAACAUUCCUCCUGAAAUUCUGGCAACACUCCUUAACUUGGCAGAGUUCAUGGAGCAUGAUGAGAAACCUCUUCCAAUAGACAUCCGUCUCCUUGGUGCCCUUGCAGAAAAGUGUCAUGCAUUUGCAAAGGCUCUGCAUUACAAAGAAAUGGAGUUUGUAGGUGCACAAUCCAAGAAGACGGAUGCUAAUCCUGUUGCUGUUGUUGAAGCUCUGAUACAUAUAAAUAACCAGUUGCACCAGCAUGAGGCUGCUGUUGGAAUAUUGACCUAUGCCCAACAACGUCUUGACGUUCAACUUAAGGAGUCAUGGUAUGAGAAAUUGCAGCGGUGGGAUGAUGCUCUUAAGGCAUACACUGCAAAAGCUGCUCAAGCAUCAAGUCCACAUCUUGUCUUGGAAGCUACACUAGGAAGAAUGCGAUGCCUUGCUGCAUUAGCUAGAUGGGAAGAGCUUAACAACCUAUGCAAGGAUUUUUGGACCCCAGCAGAGCCAUCUGCCCGAUUGGAAAUGGCACCAAUGGCUGCUAGUGCUGCUUGGAACAUGGGAGAGUGGGAUCAAAUGGCAGAAUAUGUAUCUCGAUUAGAUGAUGGUGAUGAAACUAAACUUCGAGGUUUGGGAAAUACUGUUGGCAGUGGUGAUGGAAGUAGUAGCGGCACAUUCUUUAGGGCUGUCUUAUUAGUUCGUAGAGGAAAGUAUGAUGAAGCUCGGGAGUAUGUUGAGAGAGCUAGGAAGUGUUUAGCAACAGAACUUGCUGCCUUGGUUUUGGAGAGCUAUGAGCGUGCUUACAGUAAUAUGGUCCGAGUCCAGCAACUGUCAGAACUAGAGGAGGUAAUUGAUUAUUGUACUCUUCCUGUGGGAAAUCCUGUCGCUGAAGGACGGCGUGCCCUUAUUCGGAACAUGUGGACAGAGAGAAUAAAAGGAGCAAAGCGUAAUGUUGAGGUCUGGCAUGUUCUUUUGGCUGUAAGAGCUCUUGUGCUUCCUCCAACAGAAGAUAUUGACACCUGGCUCAAAUUUGCUAAUCUUUGUCUAAAAACUAAUCGGAUUAGUCAGGCUAGAUCAACUUUGGUUAAACUCUUGCAGUAUGACCCCGAGACGUGUCUUGAAAACGAGCGAUACCACGGGCCACCUCAAGUAAUUCUAGCAUACUUGAAGUACCAGUGGUCGCUGGGAGAAGAUCACAAGAGAAAAGAAGCAUUUGCUAGGCUUCAGAAUUUGGCCAUUGAACUUUCAAGUUCCCCAAAUAUUCAUUCAAUUGCACCAACUGGCUUAUUUAGCAGUUCAAGUUCAAAUGCCCCCCUUCUUGCUCGUGUAUAUCUUGAGCUUGGGAGCUGGCAGUGGGCACUUAGUCCUGGAUUGGAUGAUGACUCCAUACAAGAAAUCCUUGCUGCAUUCAGGAAUGCCACACAAUGCGCAACAAAAUGGGCAAAAGCAUGGCACACUUGGGCUUUGUUCAAUACGGCGGUGAUGUCUCAUUAUACCAUGAGGGGGUUUCCUAAUGUUACCUCACAGUUUGUUGUUGCUGCUGUUACUGGGUAUUUUCAUUCAAUAGCUUGUGCAGCAAAUUCUAAGGGGGUGGAUGAUAGCUUACAGGAUAUACUUCGUCUCCUUACCUUAUGGUUCAACCAUGGAGCUACUGCAGAAGUUCAAAUGGCACUGCAGAAGGGAUUUGCACAUGUCAAUAUCAACACAUGGCUGGUUGUUUUACCUCAAAUAAUUGCAAGGAUUCAUUCAAAUAAUCAUGCUGUGAGGGAAUUAAUACAAUCACUUUUGGUGCGAAUUGGGCAAAGUCAUCCCCAGGCUCUUAUGUAUCCGCUUCUUGUGGCAUGUAAAUCUAUAAGCAAUUUACGUAGAGCAGCAGCUCAAGAAGUGGUAGACAAAGUUCGGCAGCAUAGUGGUGUACUGGUGGAUCAGGCACAACUUGUGUCAAAGGAGCUUAUCAGGGUAGCAAUUCUUUGGCAUGAAAUGUGGCAUGAAGGAUUGGAAGAAGCCAGUCGUUUGUAUUUCGGUGAACAUAACAUUGAGGGCAUGCUGAAAGUGUUGGAACCUUUGCAUGAAAUGCUAGAGGAAGGUGCUAUGAGGGAGAACACCACCAUAAAGGAGAGAGCAUUCAUUGAGGCAUAUCGACAUGAAUUGUUGGAAGCCUGGGAGUGUUGCAUGAAGUACAGGAGAACUGUAAAAGAGGCCGAGCUUACACAGGCAUGGGAUCUAUAUUACCAUGUAUUCAGACGGAUAGACAAGCAGCUACAAAGCCUGACUACCCUGGAUCUGCAGUCUGUUUCUCCGGAGCUGUUAGAAUGCCGGAAUUUGGAGCUUGCAAUUCCUGGGACGUAUCUUGCUGAUUCACCAGUAGUGACAAUUGCAUCAUUUGCACGCCAGCUUGUUGUCAUAACAUCAAAACAGCGACCCCGGAAAUUGACAAUUCAUGGGAGUGAUGGUGAAGAUUAUGCCUUUUUGCUGAAGGGACAUGAAGAUCUGCGCCAAGAUGAGCGUGUUAUGCAGCUUUUUGGUUUGGUAAAUACGCUUUUGGAGAAUUCAAGAAAAACAUCCGAGAAAGAUCUAUCUAUUCAACGGUAUUCUGUCAUUCCAUUAUCUCCAAACAGUGGGUUAAUUGGAUGGGUUCCAUAUUGCGACACCCUACACCAGCUUAUUCGAGAGUAUAGGGAUGCUAGAAAGAUUACCUUGAACCAAGAGCACAAGUAUAUGCUCAGUUUUGCUCCAGACUAUGAUCAUUUACCACUUAUAGCAAAGGUGGAAGUUUUUGAAUAUGCUUUGCAAAAUACAGAAGGAAAUGACCUAGCAAGGGUUCUUUGGUUAAAAAGUCGCACUUCUGAGGUAUGGUUGGAGAGGAGAACAAAUUACACUAGAAGUUUAGCAGUCAUGAGCAUGGUGGGUUACCUUCUUGGCUUAGGUGAUCGACACCCAAGCAACCUUAUGCUGCACCGCUUUAGUGGGAAGAUCUUGCAUAUUGACUUCGGAGACUGCUUUGAAGCUUCAAUGAACCGAGAGAAAUUCCCUGAGAAGGUCCCGUUCCGCUUGACUAGGAUGCUUGUGAAAGCUAUGGAGGUCAGUGGUAUAGAGGGCAACUUUCGGUCCACUUGUGAAAAUGUGAUGCAAGUUCUUCGGACAAAUAAGGACAGUGUUAUGGCAAUGAUGGAGGCAUUUGUUCAUGAUCCCCUCAUCAACUGGCGUCUUUUCAACUUCAAUGAAGUCCCUCAAAUGUCCACGUUUGCUAAUACUCAUACUUCUGCUGUUGUGAAUGCUGAGGAAUCGGCUGCUAGUAGAGAGCUUCCCCAACCUCAACGAAGUGCCCGCGAGAGAGAACUUCUUCAGGCUGUUAAUCUGCUUGGUGAUGCUAAUGAGGUUUUGAACGAGCGUGCUGUGGUUGUCAUGGCUCGGAUGAGUAAUAAACUGACUGGACGUGAUUUUUCCACAUCAUCUUCAGUAUCUGCCAGCUCUAAUCAACAUGCAGUAGAUCACAGCUCCCUAAUUGUAGGAGAUACUCGGGAAGUAGAGCAUGGCUUAUCUGUUAAAUUACAAGUUCAGAAGCUAAUUAACCAAGCCAGAUCACACGAAAAUUUGUGCCAAAAUUAUGUUGGGUGGUGCCCUUUCUGGUGAAGAGAAAAUCACUUGUGUGAAUAGUUGUACAUAGCUGAUUCAUGGUGGGACCUUGUGGAUAAAGUCCUGGUUAUCCUUCUCUUUUCAUUAUAUUUAUUGUACACAAAAGCAUAAUUAUACAAGUUGCAUGUAUAUUCUUGUAGAGUGAAAUAGCAUAAUUUAUACAAGGUGCUGUAUUUUUUCUUUAAAAUUCGUGUGCAAUUGAGAGAGGCUCAUUUAGUUCAAUCGACUUUUCUUCUCCA